GUUUUUCUUUUACAUCACUUUUAAAUUUAGCCCUAAACAGAACUUACUACAUUUCCUCAGUUAGGAAUAUACCUGUUGGAAGCUAAACGGUUCGCAGAUAUGAAAAGCAUUCUUAAGAAUAGAUGUGUGAAUAUUCAGAGAAGUAGCAGUUUAGAUACAAAACAUCAAACCAAGGAAUCAGUUGACGAAGAAGAUGACAAUGAUCAAAUUGAAUCUGAAAAAUCUGGAAAAUCCGAAAAGAAACGUGCUUUUAUUCGUGAUGAACAUGGAGUUUGUAGACCUGGUGAAUUAGAUGAAGAUGCAAAUAUGAGUAGAAAUCAUGAAUCACGAUUGUCUGUUGUAGAUCGUACAGCUGCAGAACGAAUUUCAUAUCGUUUGGUUCAACAACGUAGUUUAGAUUUCGGAUUGUAUCGUAAACUGAAUAAUUUCAACAUUGAUUCAAACAACAGUCCUAUUCAAUCUGGUAGUCAAAUUUCAGAGAAUGAUGAUCAUUCUAAUGUAAGUAACAGAUUAACAAAAGAUAAUAAUGAAUACUAUGAUGAUAAUGAUGAUAGCGGUAAUAUUCAACAUGAUGAAUCAUCCCAUAAUAUAGAUUUGGAACAUGAAGAAGAAGAAGAAGAAGAAGAUAAUAGUACUAUUCAAAAUGAUGAAUUCUACACAAAUCCUAAAAUAAAAGAACUUGGCAAAGAAUUCACAUUAAAAGAUAUUUUAGGUCAUCGUGUACCAGAACUAGAAAUUGACAUUAUAAAAGAUGAUGAAGAUAUGGGACAGAAUGAAUGAAUGAAUGAAAAAAUAAAAAUGAACCCACGCACGCACUCACUCACCCACCCACCUACGCACAUAUAUAUACACACACACACAGUCAUCAGAUAAAUAAUAUGACAUUAUCCAAAAUGAAAAAUGCAUUUCCAUAGAAGAAAAACAAACAUUUUUUCAACCCAUUUAAACUAUUUAUUUCUAAAGUCAACGUAUUUACAUUGUUGAAUUUUAUUGUUCACUGUUUUUUUCUUUUUCUUUUUUCAUUGAACAUGUACAUUCACAAAUUCAUAAUUCCUCUUCGAUGAUAAAUUUUUUCAUAAAAGUCCAAUCUUUAUCAUUUAAAAAUACCACAGACAGAGAGAGAAUGAGGGAGAGAGAGAGAGAGGGGAGGGAGGGGAGGGAAAAGAAAGAAAGAAAAAUUAUCAUCAUUGAAAUGGAUAAAAUAGUUUUCCAUCAGUUAUUCUUCUUUUUUCUUUUCAUGCUCAUUAUUGUUGUGUGUGUUUUUUUUAUGGUAUUUUGUUUUCUCUUCUUUUAUUUUCUUCUGUGUUUUUCUUUUUCUUUUUAAUUUUAUUGAAUAAAUUAAAAAAAAGCAGAACUUUGUUUCUAUGUGAGUUUUUUUUUUAGUAUUUAACUAAAGAAAUAUGAUUGUUAGGAUAAGUUUAUUUGAACAUUUUGUAAAUGGAAUUGUAGUCAAUAAAACAAAAUAAAACUUUAUUAUCAUUAAAAGGGAAUGUUUCAUUUAGUUAAGUAUUUGUAUUUUAGUUUGUAUAGAUAAUUUAAAGAAAAAAAUAAUAAACGUUUUGAUUUGUAC